AUGGCCACAUUCCCCUUCAUUACUGGACGAAUUGACAGGAAAACUACAACUGCCACGUCUGUCUCUUUGACUAUUGCCUUUUUGUCACUUGCUCUAUUUGUUGUUGAUGCUAUUGAUGACUCCAUGUUCUUCCAAACAAGACAAAAGGUGAGGCAGCCUCAAUUUUAUAAUAGCAAACACAGGAAGCUGAACAAGAUCAAGACAUGGGAAGCAACGUCUCCGCCAACUGCAAAGGCAAUCCACAAUGGUCUAUCAAGAUUGGAAGACUUGUACAAGUGCAUGGAAGAUCUUCUAAACUUGCCACUUACCCAACAAGCACUCUCUCACGAUCAACAUGAAAAAUGGGUUGGUGACUUGCAAGAAGGAUUUAUAACACUUUUGGAUACUUGUGGCACUGCGAGGGAUGUCACAACACAAAUGAAGGAACAAGUUAGAGAUCUUCAAUCUGCUCUCAGAAGGAGAAAAGGAGAUUCAAGCAUUGAAAUCAGCAUUGCUAAAUACACUUGCUUUAGGAAGAACACCAAGAAGGAUGCCAAGACGUUGAUUGCAAUGAUGAAGCAAAUUGACAACAAAAUUGAGGCCACACCACAACUAGAGCUAGAUCAACACGUCUCAUCAGUGAUUAAAGUGCUAAGAGAAGUUGCUGCAGUGACCAUCUCUAUUCUCCAUUCACUUCUCUUGUUCUUGUCUGUGCCUGUUUUGAAAUCAAUGCCAACAAGGCGGUCACUGGUUUCAAAAUUUCUGCACAAAUGGACAGUGGCAUGCGAAAUUUAUCAACAGGAGAAUGUGAAUGAGUUGGAGAGAGUCGAUGUUACAUUGCACAGCCUACGCAGAAGUGAUUCAAGUGAAGGGGAUAAGAUGCAAAUUGCGCAGAACAGCCUCAAGUCUUUGGAGGCUAGCAUUGAAGAGGUUGAGAAUGUUUUGGAGUGCUUGUUUAGGCGAUUCAUUAAAGCAAGGGUCACUCUUCUAAACAUAGUCUCCCACUAAUCUGAGCUCAAUAGAUGUCCCCCAUAUCCUGCAUAUCCGAGUUUUAGAGGAUAUGUGUGUGGAUUUCAGUUUUGUAUUCGAUAGCUAUCUAGCCAUGUA